AUCAAUCCAUCAGACCCCGACCAGCCAACAGAUGAGCAAAGAAAAGUCUUAAACCUAAUCGUUAACUUUAUGAUACGCCAUCGAUAUACCAACUUAACUGACGACAAAAUGGCGAAAGUAGACGAAACAGUCAAGGAGUUCACGACGAAUUUAACAAAGGAUAUUAAACGAUUAUUCGGCGGUGGGGAAGAACAGAAAAUGUCGGAAAGCCAACAGAUGGAAGAAAUGGUCGAAGGGGUCAUGCAGCUAUACCCUGAAAUCAGUGAGGAGAAUGCAAGAGAACUCGCCUGGGUGCUCAGAGACAAUGGACUGAGGCUUAAGCAGCAUCUGGACGGUUUCCUAGAUCUGAAAGAUCCGAAGACGAGGUAUGAAGAAUACACGCCAAGACCUGAUGCAGUAAAGUUUAGACAACAGCCGGGGAGAGAUGUGUUGGAAGCGAAUGCACGACGAAAGUUGAUCGUCAACCAAGGAGGAAACCAGGCUAGGAGGAGAGCGGGGCCAAAACACAAUGAACCUGUAAAUAAGUCUGGGGCAACCAUGCCUCCUUUUAUUCUUGAUCCCAAGUUGCUUCACGGCACCCACCACCGAGCAGGAGCCCACCACUGACGCCAUCUUAGCUCACCAUCACCGUGACCUGACCAUCGUCACCUACAUCCAGACGUUUAAGACCUUGAUGACGGAUUACGUCAGAUCCCAAUACACUGAACUGACGCACCACGAGCUGGAGCAAAUCACUGACGUGAUAGAGGAUUUUUUAACGAAAUUCUCUCGGGAUUUAAGAGAUGUUGUCGAUAAAGGAGACAAAGAUACUAUCAAUUACGAAGGUACAGUUACAAGGGUCGAUGAAGAGGUGUAUGUAGAUGAUAACAUGAAUGAUGCUCAGUUUGAAGAUCUUAAACUGAAAGUUAAAGCGGAGUUCCCUGAUAUGGACGAUGCGAUGGUGGAUGAGGUGAUCAGGAGUCUAAGGAAGAAUCUAUUCGAGACGCGACAGAAGUUGGAUAAAAUUAUCAACAGUGCGAAAAGAGCGAAUAUCGAAUACGCUAAAACGGGUAACUUGUGAUUAGGGGUUUGCAGCAUAAUUAUUAUGUUAUUAAAAUAUAAUAAAUAAAAAAAGAUUCUGGACUUCAGAAAAAGUUCA